UUUUCGUUUCACUUCCGAGCUCUCUUCUUCUCUUCUCCCCCGGCUUCAAUGGCGGACGGGGGUGACGAACCCGAUGAGGCGGAGCUACACGAAGAGCAGAAGAAGGAGAUCGCCAAAUGGUUCCUCGCCCAUGCGCCUGCCGGCGAGAUCCAGUAUGUCGCCAAAGAUGUCAAAUCGCUUCUUGGGGAUGACCGGGUUUACGAGAUGGCUGCCUCCGAGGCGUUCCCAGUCUACAACAAGGCUCAUCUCGUCGCCCUUGAGAUGCUCGAUCGCAGUGGCAACGUAAUCAUUACAAAAUUUGGAGAAAUUGAUGAAAGCAAUUAUUUGGAUCCAAGGACUGCUCAAGUUGCUACUGUGGAUCAUGUCCAACAAGUUUGUUCAAAUUUGAGACCUGCCACAGAUGAAGAACUUCCCUCUUUUUAUAUUGAGGGGUUUCGGACCGCUUUGGAUGCUGAACUCUGCAAGUAUGUUGAUGAUACUUAUCCCAAAUUAACCUGUGCAGUUUAUUGCACAGAGGGAAAAGAUGUGGAGGGGCCUGGUGCCAGCUUUGAGUUCUCUGUGGUUAUUUCCACUGCCAGACACAGCCCACAAAACUUCUGCAAUGGGAGUUGGCGCUCAAUUUGGAAGGUGGAGUUCAAGGAUGAUUUGCAAGUUGUAGAAUUAAAAGGAAGCUUGCAGGUGGGAGCUCACUACUUUGAAGAAGGAAACGUCCAGCUUGACUCCAAGAACGAGUGCAAUGACUCUACUAUAUUUCAGUCCCCUGAAGAUAGUGCAAUCUCAAUAAUGAACAUGAUUCGUCAACAUGAGAUGGAGUACUUGUCAUCACUUGAGGCCUCAUAUCUAAAUUUAUCAGAUGCCACUUUCAAGGUAGUCAUUGCUUUACCGUACUGCCUUUGUCUGAUCUCGCAGAAACUUCCGAUCACUCGCACUCUAUUUCCAUGGCAAAAUACUUUGCAAUUCAGCCUGACCAAAGACAUUUCAAAAGAACUUGGAAUUGGAAAUCAUAGUUCCUCUUUCUCCUCCGUCUUCAUCUAUGCUAAGGUUGUUGAUAUGUUUGAGGACUGA